GGUCACCCUAUGGUAGGUCAGCGGUUUGCCGAUUUCCAAAAUGGCGGACGGCGAGGAGGAAAAAAUGGCGGCAGAUUUGAGUGAUAGUGUCGAAGCUAAUUGUCGAGUGGUGUACAACACAUCACGGAUUAUUGGUGUAGAGUUCCCUGGAGUUGUACGGAACACCGAUAAAAUGCUACAAGCACUAGGAGGAGAGGCGGAGGUUGCAAGGGCUGUCUUGGAUCCCCAUCAAAGAAUAAAAGUGAAUUUCCGUCCUGCCGAUAUAAAUUCCAAGUGUCUCUAUGGCGACCGGCAUGCGACCCCUAAUCUUCUUUUAAGUGUUAAACGGCGACAGAGUAAGGACAACAAAGGUUAUGAGUAUAAACAAGAGGUCCUUGGUGUAGUAGAUACAACAUUUAAGUUUGAUAAUUUGGUAGAUUUCCAGUAUGUGUCACAUGAAAUGAAAGAUCCUUUGGACCAAGUGCGAGGGAUAGAAAUACUCAAUGAAGAGCAACCACUCCUUGUACUUCCACCAGUAUUCUCACGCAUAGAAAAACCAGUACCUUACAAUUUCAAGCCUAACAUCUUGGCGGGCUGGCAGCCGGCAUCGAGCCAAGCUACCACAGAUGAGCAGGAGGGCUCGAAGAUGGCACAGGGUAGGAACAGAAAUACAUAUGCCAUGGCAGUUACUUUUGAGCACCCCAGUGUACCAGUAUCCCCUCACCCAAAGGCUUUGGAAUCACUCUCUGCAAUUCCUGACAACAAGCUAGAGGAGAUCAAGCGCUUGUUUAAUAAUCGGCCCAUCUGGUCCCGUACUGCCCUUGCCCAUCACUUGUCGAGCUUCAAGGUGACCCAGCAUUGGACAAAGCAGCUUCUGGCUUGUGUCGCAUACUACUACAUUAAUGGACCUUGGAGGACCUUGUGGGUCAAGUUCGGCUACAACCCGGCCAAAGACCCAAGCGCAAAGAUAUAUCAAGUUCUUGAUUAUCGCAUUGGUGCCCGAAAAGAGGGUCGGGAUCUACCCAUUCCAUGGAAAAGAAACCCAUUUCUUAAACUGCAAAGCAAGAGGAAGCCGCUACGACAACCUCAACACAAGAGUGAGAUAGGCCCAGCGUCGUCUGCUUCCCAGGACCUUCCUUCAGAUGUCCCAUACGUCUUCUCUGCCAACAAGCUGCCGACACAGAAACAGAUGUUCUACCAGCUUUGCGACCUUCACGUGUCUGAGAUACAAGCUCUAGUCUCCGCCAAUGAUGGACAGGAGACCGAGUGUUUAGAGCGUGAGGGCUGGUGUCUUCCGGGCACGCUAGAUAAAAUCCGAGACAUACUCGUCGAGAAGACAGUCCAGAUUGCCGCACAAUCCACCGACGACGAUUCGAGUUCAAUGGCCGAGGACCAGGCCAGCCCGUGGGGGAAGGACACGGGCCAGGCUAGCCCCUGGGAGGGAACAGAGAGUAAUCCGUGGGGGGAAGGGCAGGGAGAAUUGUGGGGAGGUAACACCGAGGUGAAAAGCUUCUUCGAGAUGCUGGAGGGUGAUGACGAUGUUGACGCGUACGAGAUAUUCGGUGACGAGGACGGGGAUAAUGGAGAUGAAAAUGAUGACGAUAAUGGCAAUAUUUGAUGAUUAUGAUGUUGGAGGUGAUGAUGAUGAUAAUAAUGGUGGAAGUGAUGAUGAUGAUGAUGAUGAUGAUGAUGAUGAUGAUGAUGAUG